GAUGGAUCUUUCUAUUAUGCUGCCAGUCCUUCCAGCUGUGUUGCACCUUUCCGUACGAGACAUUCUUCCACGUUAGGUGGCUCCUUCGUUCCUCCGAAUCAACAAUAUAUCUGUCCUGCCUCUCCCCCCUCUUCCUUUUCUUCUCCCCCAUAUCUUCCUCACUACCAGACUUCCAGGGUUCUCUUUCGAGACCACUUCCUUUCACACCUGAUAUUCGGAGGCACACAGCAACAGCCAUGACAGACACAGCUGCGGCUGCUCAGGCCCCUCUCGCCGAAACCUGCCGGGUCUGCAAGAAAACAGGCUCGGCCCUGAGACGCUGUGCCCAGUGUCACAGCGCCGCCUACUGUUCUCGUCGCUGCCAACGCCGUGACUGGAAGCAACACAAGGAGAACUGUCAACCUGCCUCAGAACCAGUAGGAUGCGGCGACGUGUGUUUCAACUCCACCAACGAGCGGUCUUCCGAUUCGACCCAAAAUCCUUCCUCUAAGCCGAAACCGCUGGAGAAAACGCUCUUCAAGCCUUUCAACCGUCUUGACAACGGAACCUACCUCCAUGACCGCCCCAAGCAAGACGUCUACAAACUUCUGAUCGACACGUUCCGUCUGCGUGAGAAUGACGACUACGAGUUCGAAGGGUACAAGCAAGUGGGAAUCGUUUACAAAGGUGCCACGCACAGCCUCGAGCCUUUCCGCAGGUUCCUGCGUCUCGCAGAGAGCCGCACGGGAUUGCUGCCGAGCUGGUGGAAUGGGGAUGCCAGGAAGGAGUGUGAAGAGCUGGGAAUGCAAACAGAGCAGGGAAACUGGAGUAGUUUGAAGCAUCGCGUGGCGAAGCGGGAUAUAAUCAAGCGAUAUGAGGACGACUUGACCAUGCCCAUGCAGUUGAGGAUGUUAGGUGGGUUGGUGUAUAGAAGGGAAGUGAUGGGAGCGGACGCGACCUCUAUGCUGAGAAUGAUGGUGUCGAGGGAGAAUGGACAAGUGCCGUACCUGUCGAUGUUCUCUAUGUAGCAAGGGACGGGGUAUUGGUGCUGAAUGGGUGGCUUCACCACUUCUGAGGAAGAGAUGAAAUAUAGUGCAGACAUAUCAUCUUGAAGGACGGAUAUCUCAAACUGUCUUUACUGAUGAAUGGAAAACUUAGUCAAUACAGAUUAUUAGAGCGAGCUGUG